AUGGAUCGGAAAAGGCAAACGUGUAUAGGCCAAGACCUGUGUUUCUGCACACCUUUUUCGGUGAAAGGAUCAGAAUUAAGAAAGACAGAAGUAUUGCAUUCGAAAUUGGGUAAGAAUAUUUCUUUACAAAUGUGGACUCCUAAAACAAGCGUUGUUGUUGUGCCUCCAGACUUAAAAAUAAAAGGAGUAUGUCUUGCACAUGAACGCAAACAAGCACAUACAAUUCCAGUAACGAAGAUAACAGCUUCCGAAGGACAGAGUGACAUUGCACAAAUUGACAUCUCGAGGAUUGAGAGCAAUUUUGGCGAGCAAAAACAUGAUGUGAAUAAUGGUAAGAAAGGAAACAUGCUGCUAACAGUCUUGGAAGCGUCGUUAAAGAAAAAACUGAAUCCAGAAUAUAUUCACAUACUUCCAUGGCGCCUUAAUCGUUCCACUGUCGUUCGAUCAGCUCAGUACAACGGCGCUUCGAAACAAUUUCGUUUAUAUCCUGGGCAAUCCUUGAAAGAGGAAAGACUACCCGCGGAGUUAAAAUUUGGUGUGAGAAAUCCCAGAAAGUCGAAUUCAGCAGCUUGCAAAAAAAGCGAAGUUCUUCGAACAAAGGCAGAGGUGAACCCGUAUAGAGGUAAACUUGAGCCCCUUCUACUCCGAGAAAAACCUUCGAAAAAUUUACACGAGGAACUGGUAAGAGAGGAAGCUCGGGAAUUCACAGGAACUCUAUGCACAUGA